UCGGCCGUCCCCAGCCUGUCCAGCUUCCGCACCACCCGUGUGACACCCCUGCGCUCCUACCAAAGUGCCUACCAAGGUGCCGGCGAGCUGCUGGACUUCAGCCUGGCCGAUGCCAUGAACCAGGAGUUCCUCCAAACCCGCACCAAUGAGAAAGUAGAGCUGCAGGAGCUCAAUGACCGUUUCGCUAACUACAUCGAGAAGGUUCGCUUCUUGGAGCAGCAGAAUGCCCUCAUGGUGGCUGAGGUGAACCGCCUGCGUGGCAAGGAGCCCACCCGUGUGGCUGAGAUGUAUGAGGAGGAGCUGCGGGAACUCCGGCGCCAGGUGGAACUGCUCACCAACCAGCGGGCUCGUGUCGAAGUCGAGCGUGACAACCUGCUCGAUGACCUGCAGAAGCUCAAGCAGAAGCUGCAGGAGGAGAUACAGCUGAAGGAGGAAGCUGAGAACAAUCUUGCUGCAUUCAGAGCUGACGUGGACGCGGCCACACUGGCACGCAUCGACCUGGAACGACGUAUUGAGUCCCUGCAGGAGGAGAUAGCCUUCCUCAAGAAGGUGCAUGAAGAGGAAAUCCGGGAGCUGCAGGCACAGCUGCAGGAGCAGCACAUCCAGGUGGAGAUGGACAUCUCCAAGCCCGACUUGACGGCUGCACUGCGGGACAUUCGUGCUCAGUAUGAGAGCAUCGCUGCCAAGAACAUCGCUGAGGCCGAGGAGUGGUACAAGUCCAAGGUGUCUGACCUGACGCAAGCCGCCAACAAGAACAAUGAUGCCCUGCGGCAGGCGAAGCAGGAGAUGCUGGAGUACCGGCACCAGAUCCAGUCCUACACCUGCGAGAUCGAUGCCCUCAAGGGCACGAAUGACUCGCUGAUGCGCCAGAUGCGGGAGAUGGAGGAGCGCUUUGCAGGGGAGGCUGGCGGGUACCAGGACACCAUUGCCCGCCUGGAGGAGGAGAUCCGGCACUUGAAGGAUGAGAUGGCCCGGCACCUGCGCGAGUACCAGGACCUGCUCAAUGUCAAGAUGGCCCUGGAUGUGGAGAUUGCCACAUACCGCAAGCUGCUGGAGGGCGAGGAGAACCGGUGAGUGUCAGGGAGGAUCAGCAUCCCCAUGCACCAGACCUUUGCAUCCGCACUCAAUUUCCGAGAGACCAGCCCAGAGCAGCGUGGCUCCGAGGUGCACACCAAAAAGACUGUGAUGAUCAAAACCAUCGAAACCCGUGAUGGGGAG